AUGGUGGCAAUGGUGGCGGUAGAUCCCUACGUUCUCUGGACCUUCUUUGCCUCCCUCUUGGGUUUCGUUGCUCUCUCUGUUCUCCGUCGCCGUAAUUACGGUAAUGGCAUGGCCAAAGACAGGAGCAAGGUACAGAAGAACAAGAACAACACGAAUAAGAGCCUUGUUUCAGAACAAUGUGUCAAGAGCUCCGACGAAGGAGAAUUCCGGCCGGUGUACGGCUCCGGCACCGACGUCAUCAUUGUCGGCGCCGGUGUUGCUGGCGCUGCUCUCGCCCAUACCCUUGCCAAGGAGGGAAGACGUGUUCAUGUGAUUGAAAGAGACUUGACAGAGCCAGAUCGAAUUGUUGGUGAACUUCUCCAGCCAGGGGGAUACUUGAAAUUGAUUGAGUUGGGUCUUGAAGAUUGUGUGGAGGAAAUUGAUGCUCAGCGAGUGCUUGGAUAUGCUCUUUUUAAGGAUGGGAAGAAUACUAGGCUGACCUAUCCUCUGGAACAGUUUCACUCGGAUGUGGCAGGAAGAAGUUUCCACAAUGGGCGAUUCAUACAGAGGAUGAGAGAAAAAGCUUCUAAACUAAUGAAUGUACAACUGGAGCAAGGUACGGUAACAUCCCUGCUUGAAGAAAAUGGGACAAUUAAGGGGGUUCAAUACAAAACUAAGGAUGGUCAAGAACUUAAAGCAUAUGCUCCUCUUACAAUUGUUUGUGAUGGUUGUUUCUCAAAUCUGCGCCGCUCUCUUUGCAAGCCUCAGGUAGAAGUGCCAUCCUGUUUUGUGGGAUUAAUCUUGGAAAAUUGCGAACUCCCAUUUGCAAAUCAUGGGCAUGUAAUUCUUGGAGAUCCCUCUCCAAUUCUGUUCUAUCCAAUCAGUAGUACAGAAGUCCGCUGUCUGGUUGAUGUACCUGGCCAAAAAUUACCUCCCAUUGCCAAUGGUGAAAUGGCCAACUAUUUGAAGACUGUGGUGGCUCCACAGGUUCCACCUGAACUUCAUGAUGCAUUCAUUUCUGCAGUUGAUAAAGGAAAUAUCAGAACAAUGCCAAAUAGAAGCAUGCCAGCCAAUCCACAGCCAACUCCAGGAGCCCUUUUGAUGGGUGAUGCUUUCAAUAUGCGACAUCCUUUAACUGGUGGAGGAAUGACUGUGGCACUGUCUGAUAUUGUUGUACUCAGGGAUCUUCUUAAGCCACUGCAUAACCUACACAAUCCAGCUUCAUUGUGUAAAUACCUAGAAUCCUUUUAUACCUUGCGCAAGCCGGUCGCAUCUACAAUAAAUACCUUGGCAGGUGCCCUAUACAAGGUGUUCUCCGCCUCCCCUGAUGAAGCAAGGAAGGAGAUGCGCCAAGCAUGUUUUGACUAUCUAAGCCUCGGAGGUACCUGUUCAACUGGACCAGUGGCUUUGCUCUCUGGUCUAAAUCCCCAUCCAUUGAGUUUAGUUCUUCAUUUCUUUGGUGUGGCGGUAUAUGGUGUUGGCCGUUUGCUACUACCAUUUCCUUCACCAAAACGCAUUUGGAUUGGAGCCAGAUUAAUUUUGAGUGCAUGGGGUAUAAUAUUUCCCAUCAUCAAGGCAGAAGGAGUGAGACAGAUGUUCUUUCCGGCUACUAUUCCAGCUUAUCAUAGAGCUCCUCCUGUUGAGUGA